AUGAUAGAUGUUAACUUGUGUCGACUCUGCGGAGUAUUCAUUAACACCUCAGACAGGUUCUUAAUUUAUGAAACAUCAAACGAUAAUGAAGCCCCUAUUGCUGAUAUAAUCAACCGCUACAUGCCUAUUCAGGUAAAUAAACUUUUAUGGUGACUUGCUUAUUAUAUUAGAAAUGUAUAUGAUAUGUUAUGAGUUUAAUACAGUAGAAUAUAGAGACAUCACUUUUUAUUAAAUAAAUAACAUGUAGGUAGUUGUAAACUAUUGACUUGAAACCAGUAACAGUGAAAGUAUCAGAGGUUUAAUGAAAUUGAUAAUGCACUUAUCUACUUUUUUUUUUUCAAAUAAGAAAAAUAUACUUAGUAGAAGUUCACUUAAAGUAUAUUUUUAAAAUUUAAGCCUGUGCUCAUUUACAGUAGAAAUGAAAAUAUUAUAAAGUUACAUAGGUACCUAGUACAUAGGUCAAAUAAAUUAUAAGUUGUUACAUUAUUCUGUAGUUUUAGUGAAAAAUUGUGUGUAUGCUCAAUGCUUAUAUUUUUUGUAAAUAUUUACAUCUAUUUAUGUAUAUGUAUAAAAUAUUAGAAAAUCCAAACUGAUGUAUAAUAAAAUUGGGUGUACGUUCGUAGUUCAUUCAGCUUAUUACUAAUAUGGCUGUAGAACAGAUAAUUAUUGUUUAGAUCCUUUGAGAAAUUCUCUGUUGAUUAACAGUGUAUCAAGUUCAUCUUUGGACCAAUACUUCAAUACAUAACUUACAAUACAUUCAUCUCUCAAUAUCACCAAUUCUUAUGUAAACAUAAUCAGUUUGAGUUUUUUUUUUUUUUACCUUAAUGAAAGUUGUAAGAAGUUUUAUUUUCGGGUUAACAUAAAAUAAUUGUCUUGAUUUUUUUUUUUGCUAAAGCUGCUGGAAAUUUGGUAUAGGGUAGUGCUAACUUAAUUUAGGUGCAUAUAUUAUUAUUAGUUAGGUAUGUUGGUUUCAUAAUAAAGUAUAAAUAUAAUAUAAUUUUAAUGAUAUUUUGUAGAUUUAUGUUUGUUUGUUUUACAGGUAUCUGACAAUGAUGAAUAUCCAAAAAUGAUAUGUUGCAAUUGUAAAAAACAGUUGGAAAAGAUUAAAACAUUUUUCCAUACUGUGAAAUUAGGACAAUCGUAUCUCAAAUGUUUUUAUGAUGAGUUUAAAAAGAAUUCUUCAGAAAAUGCUGAUAAAAACUCAAGUAAUAUUGAAAAAGCUAACCUUGUGUGUGAUGAGAAUUACUUAUUUGUAUCUGUUGAAUUAUUGGCUGAUGAAAAUGGCAUUGAGUCUCAUCCUAUAAAUAAUUAUGGUAAGGUUUGAUCUUUGAUAUAAAAAUAAAAUUGAAUAAUAUUUGAAGUUAUUUAUUAUGGUUUUUAUCAGAUAAAAGGCCAAGUACUAAUAUAAUAAAUGAAAAAAAUGGCAACAAAAUAACAAAUGUUGAUAAACGAGUUCAGUGUGAAUAUUGCCAGAAAACAUUUGCUCAUAAAAAAGGACUUGUCACUCAUUUAAAAAUACAUAAAGGUACCAUUAAUUAAUGAUUAUCAGUUCAAUUGUUAUUUGUUAUAUAUCAACAAUAUUGGUUUUCAGGAAAAUUAACUCAUUAUGGUUCUAUUCAUAAUAUUAAGUUUAUGUAACUUUAUAAAUAUCAGAAAUAUUUUUGUAAAUUAUUAGCAGGACUUGGAUGUAUUAGCAUAUUUGCAUAUUAUUUUUAGUGACUCCUAGAACAUUCUGACUGAAAAAUAAAUUUGUUUCUUACUUCACUGAUAUCAUAUAUAUACGUAAUUUGUUUGCAUAUUUAGGACUUAUAGAACUAUUUUUCUAAUUAAGCUUUGUUCUGAUUUUAAAAUAGUACUAUUAAACACAUCUGAAAGUUGACACGGUCUAGUAAUUAAUACAUAGUAACUAUAAUACUAAAACAAUACUAUAUAAAUAUAAUCAUCUGAAAAAUAUUGUGUUGCUAUCACUGAUUUAAUUGGACAAUUUUGUUUGUUUCUAAUAUUUUUGAUAUUUUCAAAAUCACCUCAGUUGUAUCAUACUGCAACAUAAUAUGAUUUAAUUUUGUAAAGUUUAAUUGAGAAAUUUUAUUUUACAUACUUACCAAUUUGUAGUGUUAUUACAGUAAUUAUUUUGGUGAUUUUAAGUGCAUAAUAAAAGGCUACAAAAUUAUUUUAUUGCUAAUACUUCUAAGCCUCUGAUUAUUAGUUGUAUUUUAAUUGUAUAUUACAUGUUUAGGCAAAAAAAACUUUGAGUGUAACGUAUGCAACACAAAGUAUUACCAAAGUGGAAAUUUGAUAGAACACAUGCGGAUACAUACCGGAGAGAAACCUUUCCAAUGUGAUUAUUGUUUUGUAACAUUUAGAACAUCAAGCCAGGUUUGCAUAUUUGAAUAACCUAUUUAUUUAAAUAUAAUUCUUGAAAUUAAAUCAUGUAACAGUCAUAAAAUAUAAUACAAUACAAUACGUGUAUAAAUUUAUAAUAUUAUUAUUUGAAUUAUAAAAAAACAAAAAACAAUUGGGUUAGUAAUUUAUUACUUAUUUUUAUAGUAUACCUUAAAAAACACAGAUUUUUUACCUAUAAGUACAUAUUUUGACAAAUUUUUGAAAUUUCCAAUAAUUUUCUUUUUCUUAAAAAACUAAUUUUGUUUAUUAUAAUAUUCAGAUUUUUUCAAAAAGUACCUUAAAAGAUUCAGAAUUUUUGUCCUUUGGUACUUUACUUGAAACACUUUAAAAAUGAUCAGCAUUUAAUAAUAUUAUAUCUGCAUUUCUCGUAUUUGUUUAUCUAAGAGACAAUAUAUUGAACAUGUAUUUUUGAUAAUGCAGUCUUUUGAAUUGUUUUGAUAAAAAAAUUUAUUUAUACAAUUUAUUUAUUUAUUAACAAAAUUGUUGAGAAUAAGUUUUUUUAUACUGUAUAAGAGGCAGUUUUCAAUAGUUUUUCAACUUUAAAUAUUUCAUUAACUGUGGUUUAGAAAAGUAUUUUUUACUGCUGCCUUAUAUUGUAUUAUCAAGUUUUAUAAUUUAUUAGAACCUUUACAAUUUUUUUUUUUUAGUUGAAAACUCAUAUACGCAGUCAUAAUGGUGAUAAGCCUUACAAAUGCUCAUUGUGUAAAAAAUCAUUCUCGUACCAUAAUUCUCUAAAAUCCCAUUUAAGACGUCAUAACAAUGAUCGACAAUUCACGUGUGAAUUUUGUCCUAAGUCAUUUAUCGAUCGUACAGCACUCGUGAGACAUGUUCGUAUACAUACAGGUAAAUAAAGACUUUUUGAAAUACUUCAACGAUUUACUUUUACUAUUCAACUGAAACUAAACAAUAUAAUUGUUAUUUUUUUUAAGGUGUAAAACCAUAUCAUUGUGAUAUUUGUAAAAAGCAGUUUUGUACAAUUUCAUACUUAAAAAAACAUAAACAGGUAAUGUAUUAAGAAAAAUCAAUUUAUUUUCAUUUUAAUUUACAUAAAUAUAAAGUAGAUAGUGUUUAUAUUGAAUAAUGUUAUUAUUUAAUAAAUAAUACAAUAAAACAUUAAAACUUGAUUGAUUAACCAAAUUUCGUACUUAUUUUAUAAGCCAUAGAAUAUGGACACAAAAAUAAUAUUUAUUGAAAAAAAACUAUUUUUUAUAGAUGCCUUUAAUAUAACUUUAAAUAAUUUUUACUGUAUAAUAUAUGUAAUGAAUUUAACUACUCUUUAUUUAAAAAAAAAACUAAAAUAAUGUAUGGCAAAUACAUUAUUACUAGAAACUUAAUAUUCCUCAAUAUAAAUAUUCUUUUAAAUUUUAAUUGUAAAUUGGCUCUUAGAAUAAUUUUUAAUAAUUGUAUAGUUUUAUGAAAUAACACUCAUUUUUUCUGAUCAACAUUUUAUACAUUUAUGUACUUAUAUUUUAUGCUUUUUACUAAUUGAAUUUGUCAAAAUAUAUGGACAAUAAUAUUGUAGUUUUAUAAUAUUUACAUUAUAGUUUAAAAUAAUAAUACAAUUAAAUAUCAUGAAAAUGGGUUCCAAGAGAAACAAAAUGAAUCUACAUAUAUUUUAUUAUUCCAUAAAAUAUUUAAAAACUAAGUGUUAAAAUAAGUAUUCAGCCAGAAUUUAAUUUUUAAUUUUAUAUUUAAAACAUUUUUUUUAAAUAAUAAGUACAUUUAUUCAUGUUGUCAAUUUUUUAUAAUUUUUAAAAAUAUUUUAUAGAGUCAUAUUAACGACAAAAAUUCAACAAUGUGGGAGCUCACCACAAAAUUUCAAAAAACUGCUUCAAAUAUUGACUGUAUAAAUUCUUCAUUAAUCAACAAUAAUGAAUUGGAUUUAAAUAUCGACGUUAGAGUUGAUGAUUUAUUUUUAAGUUCAGAGGAAGUCCAGGUAUAUUGAACUAUUUAUUAUUUAAAUGACUGAAUAUAUGAAAUAAAUCAUAAAAAUAUGUUUUAUAUUUUAGAAUCUAAAUGAUGUUUUACCGCCCGGCAAUGAUAAUAACUUGGAUGAUCUACUAAAUAUAAACACUUCAUUUCAAUCUCUAAAUUCUAUUAAUUUUAGUGAAUCAGUUUUAGGGUUAGAUGAUAAUAAUGUUUCUUAAGUUAAAUAUACAUUGUAAAAUACUAAUUUAAAAAUUGUUUAGAUUCCGAAUGUAAUGAGUAGGGCACGGAUUUAAAUGAACUUAAAAUCCACAAAAAAGCGCUUAACAACAUCAAAAGAGCUCUACAAAAUUGCAUAAAAAAUAUUUAAAAGAGCAAUAAAGGCAGAUAAGUUUAACAAUUUCUCCUUCUAUGGUUUUUAACUUAUUAGAAAAAAUUUUUUAACACUAAAAUACUGUUUAUUUCAAAGACAUUUUUUUCAAAUAAAUUUAAACGUGUUAUAAAAAAUAAAAUGCUUUAUUUUAAUUAUUUGUCAGUGUUAGAAAAAUGUAUUUAAUGGGGUAAGAACUUUUGCUUUUGCUUUUUUAAAAUAUUUUUAAAUGCUUUUUACGGAUUUUAAGUGCAUUUAAAUCCAUGCCUUAUUAAUGAGGAAUGUAUUAUUAUUAUUUUUUUUAACUUAUGUAUGAAUACUGCAGAGAAUAAUAAUUAUAAACUCGUAAACAAUAAUAUGAUAUUGAAAUUCCAGAGUUCUAAUGACCAUAUAUACGUUAAAAGCAGUUGUAAAAUUAAAAAAAAAAAUGAUUUGGUGAUUAGAACUACAUUUAAUAAAAAUAAUAUUAGUAGAUACGGUUACAGUAUGAUUAUUGAAUAAGAAAAAAAGCUACAUGCACAAAUCAACAAUAAAAUAAUCAGAUAUCAUUAAGUGCAAUAAUAAUUUAUCUCUAUUUUUUUUCUCUUUUUAAGAUUUUAAAGGCCUUACAUAUAUUAAAUGAAUUCAUAAUUUACUCUGUCUGCCCAACAGUGUCUUAGACUGUCUUGGUUUUUUCCUAUUUAAUUUCAAAACCAAGACUUUUAAUUAAUUUAGGCAGCAAAAUUAAAAUUACAUAAUAAAAAUAUUGAGUAUUUUCGAUUAUCGUUUCCAUACUGAUUAAUUUAUAUAAUAAAACUUAAAAUAUGAAUUUGUAUACUAUUCAUUUUAAUCACUAUUAUAUUAAUAAUACUAUUUGUAUUUUGCAUCCUAUUUAAACAUGGCAUGUGCAUUUUAUUUGUAUCCUUUAGUAUUAAUUAUUAUAAUAAAUAAUUCCUAUUUUUGUACUUUGUGUUGUCCUGAUAAUUAUAAUAAACUUGUUAGUUUAUUUUAAACAUCAAAAUUAAUAUAUUUUAUUUCAUUUUAAAUAUGCAAAUUAUAUAGGUAAUAUACUGUAUAAGAUAAUAUUAUUAACUUGAUUAUGUUUGUAAUUUCUUAUACACCCGGUUUUAUUUCUGUGUAAUUAACAUCUUUAAGAUAUAAUUUGUAUGAUGUUCAGCUUUAGGAAAGUUGUCUAUUUUGAAAACCCAAAUGUUUAAACAAUGACCAGCAGCAGCAGGUAAUUAGGCUAUGUUGGAUAUAUGUAUUUUUUUAAUAUAAAUCAACUUAUCAUAUUUAUAUAUCAUCAAAGGCCACAUCUUAGGCACAUAUACUAAUUGUCUGGAACCCUGUUAGCGUUGAAGCAGCUAACAUUGUUAUUCGCGAUCAAAACAAUCAAUGGUAUGUAAAUAUUUCAAUUGGACAUUUAAUAAUAGUUUUGAAAGAAAACGGUAUAUAUUACACAGAAUAUAAAUGAAAAUAAAAUAAAAUUUAUAACACUUCCAGUGUUUUAAAUGCAUUUAUUUCAUUUAAGUCAUUACUUAUUUCUUUCUACUUCUUGGUCCAUAGUUGAUACAUAUUCAACAGAUUUUCAAGUUUUUCAUUCAUCAGAUAUUACAUCUUAAAGAACUUUGUCAAUUUGUUUUUAGCAUCAUUCUUAUUUUUCAAAAAGUUUGCAAUAGGUAAGAUCUGGAGGUUCUUGACAUAUUUCUAGACUUUAAGAAAGCUUUUGACUCCAUUGAUCAUGAAGUGCUACUUAAGAAGUUAUCUUAUUGUGGUAUUAGAGGGAAUACCGUACUUUUGAUAGAAUCAUUCAUUUCAAAUCGACCACAGAAAGUUAGAUUAGAUAAUGAAUACAGUGAUGAUUAUAUAAAUGCUUUUUCAGUUCCACAGGGCACCCUGCUUGAUCCUAUAUUAUUUAUAAUAUAUAUAUAAAUGGUAUUUUUAAAUUUAAAACUUGAUUUUGAAAUGUAUUGCUAUGCAGAUGAUACUGUGAUCCUGUUAAGAGAUAAUAAUUAUAGUGAUUUAAUGAGUUUGGCUAAUAAUUACUUAGAUAAAGUUAAAUGCUGGUGUGAUAAUAACUUACAGCUCAAUUAAAAUAAGUCUAAGUAUAUUAUCUUUAAUAUCAAUAAAAAUAUAAUUAAUUGUUCAGAUAUAUCUCUGUGCUCAUUGCAUACCUUUAAUGAGAGUUGAUCGUGUCAAAUAUCUUGGUGUUUUAUUGGAUUAAAGGCUUAAAUUUAAUGAACAUAUUUAUUAUAUAAAUAACCUAGUUAGAAAAUUAUUUUAUAAGUUUAAAUUACUUCGCCAUAUAUUAGACAAAAAUACAAUACGAAUAAUAUAUAUAGCUCUAGCACAAUCUAUUUUUAAAUAUGGUGCAAUUGUGUGGGGUAGCUCUUAGAAUGUUCUUAUUAAAAUAUCAUCUGUUACUAUUAACUACUUAAUUCAAUUUAUUUUAUUCAAGCUAAGUUUUUAUCCUAUAAACUUAAUUCAUAAAAAUCUUAAUGUGUAUAAUUUUCACAAUCUAUUUGUACGUAUUAACUUAAUCUACAUGUAUAAAGUUGACUUUAUCUGGAUGAAUUUUUAGUGAAUCAUAAUUAUAGUGCUAGGUCUAAGCUAAAAUGUAACUUAAAUGUUUCUAUUUGUUCUACAGUUGUAAGUUCAAAAAGUCCAAUUUUUAAUGGCAAUUGCUUUGUUACACAAAUUCAAUAUUAUAAAGGAUAAUUUAAAUAUCUCUAAGGUUUUCAAAAAAAAAAUCAAUAAUAUUUUUAAAAUAUAGUAAAUUGUAUAUCACUUAGGUGGUACUAUUUAUUUAAAAACUUUUAUUUGUUUUUUUUUCUCUUUUAAACAAUUUUUUUUUUGUUAAUAUCGUUAUGCAAGUACAUUUAACAUUUGUUAUUAUUUUAAAAUUUUUUUUUUCUUUUCUCUUCACUGCAGGAUAUUUAACUCAACCCAACUGUUUACAAGUUUUGCUUUUUGGUUGGAUUUUGCAGCUUAAUUUUUUAAUUUAUAAGAUAUGUUAAAUUCUUUAUGUUUGCAAAAAUAAAUACAUAAAUAUUAUUUAUUAUUAUUUAAGAUGUAUGUAGGUACCUAGGCAUUUUAUAAAAUUAAAAUUGUUAAACCACACUAAAUUAAUUGUAAGAAUUGACAAAAAAAAAACAUUAUGUAUUGUUCCCAUUAAAGAUAUUUAACUGUCUUGUAUAAUAUAAUAGGUAGGUACCUAUAAAAAGGUACCUUAUAUUAAAAAGGUAUUUUUAACAUUUUAUUAAUACUAUUUAAAUAUUUAAAAUGUUGAACUUAUGUUUCCACUGUAAAUUAUAUCAUUACCGUGGGCUGGAGCACAUUAUCAAAGAUAUACCCGGGUCCGGCCUAUUUGACCGUUGUGUGGGAAAAAUGGUUACUCAGUUUUUGAACAAUGUUGUCGACCUUGAUUUGAUUGGGCCGUCUGAUAUACACCUUAUCGGUCACAGUCUUGGUGCUCAUGUUUUCAGAGUGACCGGUGCUGCCUUCACUUUGAGGCAAAUAGGCAGAAUUACAGGCGAGUGUGCCUAAGUGAUAAGACAAAACUAUUCUGAUAAACAAUAUAAAGUACCUACUUUAUGCAGGUCUGAACCCAGCUGGUCCUGGAUUUGGAAGUUCAGAAUGGGAUACUCAAUCAUUAAGCAGCACAAAUGCACAGUUUGUGGACGUGAUCCAUGCAUCGGCCGGAAGUUACAAAUGUUUAAUUACAAAAUGUGUAAUUAAUAACUAUGAUUCUAUUUCAUAUUUGAUCUUAUAUAUUUCUAUACAUUACAUUAUCGCCAUACCGGUGUACAUAAAUAUCGAAGAAUUAGACUGA